AUGACGUCACCAACUCGAUCAGAAAGAGACCAAAAUGAACUCAACUAUGAAAAUUUCUUCGACAUUGUCACUAACAAAUGCACAGUAAAAGUAGAAAAAACAGUCUCCACGGCAGUAGAUCCAUUGUUUGGCCUUAUUCAAGCUUCUUCAUCAAUUAAAAUAAAACGAUCUGACGGUCGAAUAUAUUUAGCUAAAGUAGUACAACUUUCAUCUGAAUCAAAAUUUGUUGGUGUAGAAUGGAAUGAACAUGGUGAAGUUGAAGGAAAAGAAAUUUUACUUGAUCUUGUAUUUGGACUUAAUAAUGAAUUACGACUAAAUGCAACAUUUCAACAACCAGCAUCAGUUAUCAAUCAACAAACUCGACCAAUAGCAGCUGUCCCUAUUCUUGCCAAUUGCCUAUCAUCAAGUCGACUUACUUUAGAUAUAUUGAUACAUUAG